AGCGAGAGGAUUCUCUGGGGGCCCAGGAGCACCUGGCGACAGCUAAGGCUCCCGCUUAGCCCUGCCUGAGGGAGAGGCCCCACACAGCCUGGUGAGGGGGAGGGGACCAGCCCCCUGUGUGGGGCCCCAAGAAUCCAAGCCUCAAGUACCACAUGGAGCCUCGUGGCGUAGGCCAGCUGGGGAGACCAGGCUGAGGCGCCAGGAAGGAGAAGAGGUGUGCAGAGCCCACACAUCAUGGCACAGGGCACGUGAGCGGCCUCCAAGCCUGGACCUUCACCUCACACCUCAGAUCUCAUCAGAUCGGCUGUGGGAGCCGGAGCAGCUGCUGCCGACCAGAGCUGGAGCCAUGAGCGGGUUUAAUUUUGGAGGCACUGGGGCCCCCACAGGCGGGUUCACCUUUGGCACCGCAAAGACAGCAACCAGCACCACGCCGGCGACGGGGUUCUCUUUCUCUACGUCUAGCACUGGCGGGUUUAAUUUUGGGACUCCCUCCCCAGCGGCCGCGAGCACCCCUUCCACCGGGCUGUUCUCUCUCACGACCCAAGCGCCAGCAGCACAGACCCCGGCGUUCAGUUUUGGCACCACGACUCCCGCUUCCGGAGGCACCGGCUUUUCCUUAGGUCUCAACGCCCCGAAGCUGAACUUGGGCAGCACGGCUGCCACCUCAGCCACAGCGAACCCCAGUGGCUUUGGGCUCGGCAGCAGCGCCCUCACCAGUGCCACGUCGGGCACCGUCACCUCCAGCCAGGGCACAGCUCCCACCGGCUUUGUGUUCGGCUCUGCCACCACGCCUGCGGCGCCGGCCACCACGUCCGGAGGGUUCUCCUUCACCGGGGGAAGCUCAUCCCAGACGGGGACGUCUGGCUUCAACAUCGGCUCCGUGGGGAGUUCGGCCGCCCAGCCCACGGCGCUGACCGGCUCUCCCUUCACCGCAGCCACGCCAGCGGCCACCGGGGCAGGGCCCAGCCAGCCGGCCGCGCCCACGCCCGCCGCCACCUCCAGCGCUGGGCCCACCCUCUUUGCCUCCAUAGCGGCGGCUCCCACCUCAUCCACCAGCACGGGGCUCUCCCUCGGUGCCCCAGCGACCACCGCCGCAGCGCCCGGGACUGGGACACUGGGCUUCACCUUGAAGGCCCCUGGAGCAGCUACUGGUGCCUCCACGGUGACAUCCGCUGCCGCCGCCACCACCACCACUGCCACCACCGGCUUCGCCUUGAAUCUAAAACCUCUGGCGCCGGCCGGGGUCCCCAGCAACACGACGGCCGCCGCGACCGCUCCGGCGGCCCCCAGUGCAGCGGCCGGGGCGGCCAGCAGCCCCGCGAUGACCUACGCGCAGCUGGAGAGCCUCAUCAACAAGUGGAGCCUGGAGCUGGAGGACCAGGAGCGGCACUUCCUGCAGCAGGCCACCCAGGUGAACGCCUGGGACCGCACGCUCGUGGAGAACGGCGAGCGCAUCACCAGCCUGCACCGCCAGGUGGAGAAGGUGAAGCUGGACCAGAAGCGGCUGGACCAGGAGCUCGACUUCAUCCUGUCGCAGCAGAAGGAGCUGGAGGACCUGCUGAGCCCGCUGGAGGGCUGGGUGAAGGAGCAGAGCGGGGCCGUGUGCCUGCAGCACGCCGACGAGGAGCGCGAGAAGACCUACAAGCUGGCCGAGAACAUCGACGCGCAGCUCAAGCGCAUGGCACAGGACCUCAAGGACAUCAUCGAGCACCUGAACACGUCCGGGGGCCCCGCCGACACCAGCGACCCCCUGCAGCAGAUCUGCAAGAUCCUCAACGCGCACAUGGACUCGCUGCAGUGGAUCGACCAGAACUCGGCGCUGCUGCAGAGGAAGGUGGAGGAGGUGACCAAGGUGUGCGAGGGGCGGCGCAAGGAGCAGGAGCGCAGCUUCCGCAUCACCUUCGACUGACGGCGCGGGGCGGGGCCGCGGCGGAGGAGCCCGCCCGGCGCUCUCUGGCGGCCGUGGCAUGCUGGUUUCUCUGACACGAUUGUGCUGUGGAGAGAAGUGUUCUGUGGUUUGACUUUGACCGCUAGCGAAUGCGUAGGAAGCCUCCCGAGCGCCAGUGGGCGGGCAGUGGCCGGUGGGCGGCUCCUGCGUCUGAGUCGUGUGUCUUUGGCCCCUUUCACCCACUGCCACCCACCUCGUCCUCCCCCGGCAGAGGCGCUGAUGGCUGGAGAGGCUGCCGCCCGGCCGCUCUGUCCAGCACACAGUGGAAGUGCCGAGGUGAACGGGCUGCCCUCAGCCCCGUGGUGGGGUUUAAGCUGUGUACUUGGGAAAGUUAACCGCCCAGGCACACUGCUCUUUGCAAGGAGAGAGAGGCUGCUCAGCUAAGGGUUUGGGAGCAGGCAAGAGCCAAGCCGGGUGGGCUUCCCUGUGCCCACUCCCCUUCCAGGUGGGCCCUCGGGCCUCCCCUCUUCCAGGGAACCGUCCCGCCUGGCCCCAUAGCACACUGAGCCUGUACCCAGGGAGACACUGGCUGUGUCGUGUUGUGCCGACUGUUGGCCCCCGUCUCACUGGUAGACUGAGCUCCUGUGGGCAGGGACUGACUGCUGUUCCCCUUUGUGUCCCCAGCACAAUCCCAGUCAACUUUGUUGAAUGAGCAAAGGAUGAAGAUGAAACCUGGCGUCACGCUGGUCCAGCACAUUGCCUACUGCAGCGGCCUCAGUUGCCAUGGUGGCCAUGCAGUGGCCCUGACCCCCUGAGGUCCCGCGUGCAGAGCCAGCUGCCGCCCAGGUGUCCUGUGUCUUUGUACUUUGCAUUCUCCACGAUACCCAUGGCUGUAUGUCGCUUUCCUGAAUAAAAAACCUGAAACACA